CGGUCUGCGGGGCGCUGCGCCGCGGCGGUGACGGGGACGGCGGGGCAGUGGGGUCGCUGCCUCCCUCCUUCCCUCCCUCCGCUGGCCGUGGCGGUGACAUGGCAGCGGGUGCCGGGCGCUGAGGAGGCAGUGUCAGGUCUUUUUGAGGUGACUUCUUUCACUGAAUACUAGGAUUGGUAAAAUGGAUAUGUACACCAGGGUGCAGGGCACUCGAAUGAAACCAAGAAUAUCUGUGAAAAAGACUUUUGGUGAAGGUGUACUGCACUCUAUGAAGUCACUGCUACACAGCAGAAAAGAGUUAUGCAAUGUAUCAGCAGAUGAAUGUCUAAAUCAGGAAGAACAAGAUAAUUUCAUUGAGAUUACAUUUAUAAGUUUUGCCGAAGAGGCGGGUACUGCUUAUUUGCAGGAGUUGGCAGCUGUUUCUGCAGAGCUCCCAGAUGUUCUGAAAUCUCUUCAGUUGUGCAAAAUAAAAGAAAAUGAGGUUGUAUUUCUAAAAGAUGUAAAGAAAACUUUGGCAAAACCUCAUGUCAUGAAACAUCAGAAUCAGCUUCCUGAUGUGUUUUGUGUGAUGAGACUGUCUCCUUCAUUCCCAAGGAUCAAAGUUGACUAUAUAUUUACCUUGCUGAGCAAGUAUUCCACAGGCAUAAGAUACGCAGUGGAAAUAAACUCAUCGCAAAAACAUCAAACAGAGGCAUCCCAUGGAGAAGAUGAUGACACUAAUCAGUCAGUUUCUUCAAUUGAGGAUGAUUUUGUCACUGCUUUCGAACACUUAGAUGAAGAUGAGCCUUCAAAGAUACAAAGUGCUGGUGCAUGCAGCUUUACUUCUCGAAACCAUCGAGAUGCUGCUUCACAGACCAUCCCUGCUCAAUGUUUAGAAGCUGUUGACUCAAAGAUCCUUGUGGGUUCUGCACAUCGAAAGUCUUCUGCCAGAUCUUCUACUUUGAUUGAUAUUCUGGGACUUAAGGAACUGUCCUCAGUAAAAAAUUCAGUUACAACCUCAAUUUCUGAUCCUUGGAUACAAAGGAGUUUCUAUAAGCCAUAUAAUCCUGAUCAAGGUGUUAAUUUUUUAUGUAAAACAUUGUUUUCCUCUUCUCCAGCUGAAUCCUCUGAGUCAGAUUGCUCCAGCCCAAGUCCCAUCAUCUUCUUAGAUGAAGAAGGGUAUCAAAAAAGCUUGAAGGCAAAACUUCAGCUGCCAAAAAUUCCUGUAGUGAAAGAUGGUAUAGAGGAUUCAGACUCAGAAGUAAGUGAAUUUUUUGAUAGUUUUGAUCAAUUCGAUGAGCUGGAACAAGCCUUGGAAAAAGUUAUUAGGGAUCCCAUCCAAGGGAAUCCCUCCCAGAAAAGGAGGACUGCACAUGAACAGUUGUCUUCUGCAAGAAUUACAAUGAAUCCUCAGAAAUUCAAGUUUGAUCGUCCCACUCUCCCAGCCAAUGUAAAGAAGCCCACUCCUCGUAAACCAGAAUCACCAUAUAGCAGCGUCUUUGAUGUUCCAGAUUCCCCUCGCCCAGUUAAAACAUCAGGGGAAGAGAAUGGAGGGUUGUUCAGCCCUAUUAGAUCAUCGGCUUUCAGCCCACUAGGGAGCUGUGGUUCUUCUGAAUGUUUGUGUCGAAUUAAUCUUGGUGGAGAUGGGACAGGUCAAAAUCACCAUGAUGCAGUUUAUAAUAGUUAUUCAGCAUAUGCUGAUAGUGUUUCAUUUGAAAUACUGGGUUCUGUUUUUCAGUCUGAGUCCUCAUCAGAACACGUAUGUGCAGGAAAUGAUUUGAAACGCAAACGGUUUGCUUUGAAAGACAGAAAAGGUCAAGCUGCAGAUCUUAAAAUGAAAACUGGUAAGGAGCCAGAUAAACAAGCAAAAUCUAAACAUAAAUCAUUAAUGAUUAGAGCUAGCAUUCAAAAAUUUGCAGCUGAAUUAGUUGAAAAAAGUUUCGGCAGUGCAUUUAAAGACCUGCAAAAAGGCGUUUCUUCUUGCACCAAUGCACUUUGUCAUUUGGCUGCUAGGUUAACUUCUUCAGUCUUUCAGAUGGCUUUUUAUGAGAUUGGAAGACGUAGAGCAAUCUCCCUGAAGGAGCGUGCCAUUAAUGGGAUAGCAAGCUUUUUGGUGAGUGAAGCUAUAACUGGUGCGUUGAAAGAACUGCGGCACGUGAAGAAACAAAUAUUUACCAACACCGUUGCACGGUUUGCGGCAGACCUUGCUGAAGAACUUGUGUUUGAAGGAAUCAUGGAAGUAUGCCAGUUUUCAUAUCCAUCGACACCUACAGCUGCACAGCCUUCAUCAUUCGAUUAUGAAGACAAAGUGGUAAGAUCCUAUGCCAGGGAUUUGUCUGAAUCUGUCAUUCAGGAGGCUUUUAUUGAACUAUCUCAGGUUGAUGUGACCUUCACAACACAAGCAGCCAUUAGCGUUUCCAUGGACAACAUUAAAUACGUGAGCGCAGAAAGUAUGUUAGAGUCAACACAGACUUCCACAGUUUCUCCUAAUUUUAAUGAUAGGGUAGCGCUGAAGCCAAUCCAAGAUUCCAAGAAGGAAUGUACAGUACAGCAAGCUCUAUUUUGCACCUCUGGUGUUGUAAGUUCAAUACCAGUGCCCUUAGCUGGAAGAGCUCUUUGUCAACAUCAGGUUUCCUCUGAUGCUUAUAAAGCAAAAGUAUCCACUGCUCCAAAUUCUGAUGACAAUAAAAAAAUAUACGAAGACUCUGCUCAUCCGUUUUUCACAAGCAGAAACAGAGAGGAGGAAGUCGCUUCUUUCAGAAGUAUAUACCUAACUUCAGAUCACGGUCAAAAUACUGAAAAUACUCCAUCAUUUUUACAUAACCAAAAUGACACCAAACAAACAAAUAACAGAUCUGGAAUGAACAGUGAUUCAGAAUUAACAAGUGGGUCAAAAGGCAUUAAUACUUUCUCUGGAACUAUGGUAGAUAUGAUAGUAAAUGAAGCUUAUGAAGCCAUAACCUCAUCUAGAGCAACAAAAGCAGUAGAAGAGUAUACAGAUUUUUUAACAAGAAAAGUAGUAGAUAAAAAACCGUAUGUGCAAUGUAUUGGUGAAGAUUUUCCCAAGAAUGUGUUUGCAGAUCACUUGGCCAAGUGUGUCAUAAAACAGUCUGUGGCUGAAAGUAAAACUGUGUUGUGCAACACUAGUGAGAAUUUCGCAUGUAAUGUGAGCUCACAGACUUAUGCAGGUAUCGGUAGAAAAGAACAAUGUGUAAUGAAGCAAGAGGCUGAGAAACAAAGUAAUGUUUCUAUAAUUGUGGAACAGCAACAGAUGGCUUUGAAUAAUCCAUGUAAAUUUCUUACCCCAACUCAUUCUGCUCAGUGUUUUUCAGAAUCUAAAGAUUAUUGGCAGGAACAAAAAGGACACAGGUUUUCUUCAAAAUCACCACCGCCUUGUUCCACUGUGACUUUUGCUAGGCAUGUUCUAGAGGACUUCACUGACGCAGGAAGCUGCUCAAUAACAUACUUAAAUAAGCCCUCAAAAAACCAUGAUACUCAGAAACCAUCAUCAGGGCCUUUGACUUACAGGCAGGCUGAUUGUUUUCUGCAUACAAAUAGCUUGUCUUCAGUGAUGCUUGGCAGUGAAGACGCUUUGCAGAUGGAAGAUAAAUCAAGUCUCAAAGAUGGAAAUACCUGUGUAAUGCCUGAUACACCCCCUCCAACUCCUUUAGUACCCUGUCAAAGCAGUUCUGAAAGAAACCUAAGAAAACUAUCUAAGAAACUCAAGGGAGAAUUAGCAAAGGAAUUUGCACCGGCAACACCACCUUCUACACCAUAUAAUCCAUCCGUUACUGGUUUGCCUGAAACUGAACAUGACUCUUUGGAAAAGGAGGAAUUUAUGCUGAAACUCAUGCGGUCGCUUUCUGAAGAAGUGGAAAGUAGUGAAGAUGAAGAUCAUUCUGAAAUGCCUGCUGAGAAGGAGGAGCGUUCAGAAAAAACAGUUCAGUAUGCAGAUUGCUUAGCUAGCCAUAUAAUUUCCAUAGCGACUGAAAUGGCUGCUUCCCAUUUAGAUGGUAAAACAGACGAAAGGGAAGCUGAUAGACACGUUCCAUUAGGUAUGCAAACCAAAAAAUGUGGAUAUCCUGCGUUUACAAAUAUCCCAGAAGAGACAUGCAAUUCUUUAUGGAAUUAUGCAGGUUAUAUGGCAGGAAAAGUCAUCAAUGAGGCCAAGAAAAUAGUGAAAUCAAGGCAUUGUAAACUGUUGAGGUUGAAGAGGGUUAACUGUCAGGUGGAUUGCCUUUAUCUGAGAAAAGGCGAUAAAGAUUAUAGUUCAAAAGAACAGUGCGGUCCAGUGCGGGAGCAGUGGCCGGCGGAGAGAGAUUCAUCUGUACUUCCUUUACCACAAGGUUCAGGCACGACAGGUUUGACCUCCAAAUACCCAAGCUGUGAAAGUGUGACUGACGAAUACGCAGAUCAUAUCAUUCGAGUUCUGAAAAGAGAAGGUGGUAAUGCUGAACUGUUAAUGGAUCAGUAUGCUAGCAGACUUGCUUACAGGUCUAUCAAAUCAGGCUUACAGCAAGCUGCUAGAAAAAACAAAUUGAGAUACAACAGAAAGACAUUUCCUGGGCAAAAUGCACAGGUAAAUGGUAAGGUGGAACUGAUCAAAGCAGUCAACAAAGAUGCAGUACAGCAAGUGAAAAGCAGCAUUCAUCGCUGUGAAGACCAAGCGUAUGAAAGGAGUAUUGGCACGCAGAGAAUAGAAUGCGCGGAGUUGUUACAUUUUUCAGAAUCCCUUGCUCGCAGUAUCACUUGUGAUGUCAGGAAGAAAUUGAAAAUGUCGGGAGCAUGUUUGCCAAAGUCUUUAACAGAUUCCUGUCUAUAUAAAAAGACUGAAUUUGAUGAAGUCACAGGGGAUCUUAUUAAAACAAGCUUUUCUAGGACAUUUCUUCCUUUCUCCCCAGAUCAUAAACUGUAUCAUAGUACAGGCAGUUUAAAUGAAAAUGGCUACAGCGAAGGCAUAAUUCAAGCUAUAGAACAAUAUGCUAAGAAAGUAGCAGAUGAUACUCUAGAAAUCAGUUUAGAGUCUGCUGUUCUCCAUGUGGCUGAAAACAGAAAAAAUGGGGAUAGGCUCUCAUAUACUGAGAAACUGUCUCCUUUUUCUGGAACUGUCUGUAGAUGCUGCAGUAUGAAGGAGCAUCGGUACUGUACAGAAAGUACGCCUCACCGUCCACCUGCACAAGAAUCCUCAGUUCCAGGGAGGCAUUUUCUUCAUUCUGGAUUAGGUGGUGCCUGUCAGAAAUCACGAGUGUUUCAGCUUGAUAUUCCUAAAAUUCAUGUUGAUGUAGAACAGAAGACAGUGUUUUCUGACAAAGGGGCUACUGCAGCCAUAGAGAAAGCAGAAGGAGAGCUGAGUUACACAAGUCUGACAGCUGACAGUGGUAUUGGACAAGAUGGAGUGAGUUUUGCUGAAAGCCUUACUACUGAAAUAAUGACAUCAGCUAUGACUAAUAUUGGUCAGGCAGUUAACGUAAGCUCUGUUGGAAGAGAAGGCUUUCACUCUGUUGAAUCUGUUGUUAGCCAGCAGAUGAGUCUUAGUAUUGGUGAUGAUAGCACUGGGAGUUGGUCCAAUCUAAGUUUUGAAGAUGAACAUCCUGAUGAGAACAGCAGUUUUCUUCACCUCAGUGACAGUUCAGCUGUGUUCUCUUCUUCUCCUGGCAGUAAUGGUAACAGCAGUAGCUGGAGCAGUCUUGGUUUAGAAGGGGAUAUGUAUGAGGAGAAUUUAUCCUUUCCAACAUCAGACAGUGAUGGAACAGAAGAUAAGGAUGAGGACUCCAAGGAUGCUGUAGAAGGUUUGGCGCAAAUACGAAAGACUGUAGCAAUAGCAAACGUUGAUCUGGAACCUAAUCUAGUGGACCCCCAGCUCAGAGCAGCACUCCAGUGGCUGGCAGCUUCUGAAACAGAGGUGUCUGAUCUUCACUUUCAUGACACUGCUACAAGAGAUUUUGUCUUCCUUUCCAGAAGACUGCGAGAAAGAGAUUGGAAAGUUGGAGAUCUCUUGCAAGCAGUGCUGAAAUAUUGUGAAAUGAUAGAGAAGGCGUCUGAUGGAGAGCAAGCUCUAAAUAAGUCUUUGGCUGGCUGGCUUCUGGAAAAUGUCUGAAAAAUCCAAAGAUACAACACUCUUCACUUCAUUCCUCUUUUGAAAGGAGAUAGGAAGAACACAGAUAUGUAAAAUUCAACUAAUGAAUGCUCAAGUAAUUGUCAGCAUUUAAAACACUUCGAGGUGAAAGUCAAAAUAGCUGUGCUGUGCUUUGUGGUACUGUGCAUAUGGUAUGUUUAUUCAGUCCAUAAUCGGUAUUGUCCACCCGUGCAUAACUUGUAUUUACUGCUGUGUUCAGACCAUGGAAAUAUUUAUGAAAAAAAAUCCCUUGUCUAUGAUAGUAGUUCAGAGGAGACAGUCUCAGGCAUGAUAUUCAGGAUCCCCGCUGUGCCAGGAUAGCUCUUUUUCCCACUUGUACGUAUGAUAUAUUCACAGUGGGACUAGGAGCACUGAUGUUCUGCAAAAAUCUGUUCUGGAAAACCUUGCUGCAGACAGUGGGAAAAAUUACUGACAUUGGCCAGGUGUUAGCGGCCCAAGGGCACCAUUGCAAGAAGAAAAUUGUGACCCACCCAAGCAGCCCCUUAAUUCAGUCUGGCUUCAUAGCCGCCUUUAUCAAGUUUAACUUUAUGUGACGAUAUGAGAGUCUGCUCUGAAACUGUUGAGGUGCAAAAUACGUGUUCCCUUUUGUUGACUACUGUAGAGCUGGUAAAUCCUGGUAGAAGGGCAGGCUGGGUAGCUGAGCAUAAUUUCAUACAUACUUCUUCAGCAAGGUUUCCUGAAGCUUGCCAAUCUGGUUUAAAUUGCUAAAUUUCUUACUGAAGCUUUUUUAUGCAGUUACUUCCAUGACAUCAAUUCUGUGUUGAAGAAUUUGUAUAUUAGUCUCUCACAUAGAUGUGUUAAGAAGUAGCAGAUAGAAACUUCUUCCUCUGAGGAUCUUGGCCGUCUUUGUGACUGGUCUAAGUCUUUAUUUCUUAGCCUCCAUAUAUGAAUUUGCUUUUCGGUAAUAAAGAGAAUUUUGUUACUCGGUUAGCACUUAAGCAUUUAGCAAAGACAGAUAAUUAAAAGAUAAAGGAGAAAUUUCUUGCAAAUUGAUUUUUCCUUCUUCUUAACUACCUUCACUGAAUUUUUUCUAAAGGCACUUUUAAUCAAGUGUUUUAAGCAGUCUAAUCGGGUUUCUCACCAGUGCUGCUGAUUUGCCUUUCUGCCUGAAGGGAAAUUUGGACCUUUACAUAUCCUGUGGUUUGAAAAUGCUUUUUGGGUCCUGUUCAUUUAUACAUCCUUUCAGAGAAAAAAGGCAUGUGCUGGUAAUGACAAGGUGGCCACCUCAGAACUCAUAUCACUUGCAAGAGAAUCAUGGAAUCUUACUUAUGUUGGAUGAACAAAUAGCCUUUUAAUAGAAAAAUAUACCUUAGUAUGGUUUGGAAGUUUCUGAUCCCAAACAAGGAGAGAUAAAGACUCUAAAGUUAUUCGUUAAUUUUACUGGAAUAUGUACAAUUCUGAUUUUCCCUACGCACUAAAUUACACUGGUAAACUGAAGAGCACGCUCCGUGCAAUGUCUUUAUGUUUUAGGAAAGCAUUCCACUGGUCUUUUCACAGAAGCCUGGUUUCUUUUAGUCCUCAUUUGUCAUCUGGAUUUCUGCCUUGGAUCUCCCAAAGUUCACCUUUCUCACAGAGUUAAAGAUUUUUCAACAUUUGCAUAUACGCACACGUGUGUUUACACAUGUGCAUGCACACAUAGAUAUGUAUGUAUAUGUAUCUAUAUGUGUAUGAGAUCUCACCAAUAUGAACUUACAAUGUAAACUUUUACCACUAACUUAAACUAUGAGCAUAACAGAAUUUUAUUGCUUCACUCUCUGUAUCAUUUCACUGAAUGAAAGAUCUAUGUAUGCCAUGUGACAAAAAACCCAAAAACCAUUACAGGGUCUUUUGUCAUGUUAUAGGUAAUACAAUGCCAAGCAUCAGGAAUCAUUUUUCUCCAGAGCCCAAAGUGGGGGGAAUGUUAUCUUAAUGCCAGUAUUUGGACAAUGGGCUAGUAACAAAUACUUUUGAAGAGUUGUACAAAAGUUGUCUGGAUUUUUUUUUUCCUCCCAUACUCCUUCCGGGGUUUUUUUUGUUUGUUUGUUUUUGUUUUGUUUUUUUUUUUUAGGCUGACUUUUGAUGUUGUUUCAGGCAAAUAUUUGAAACCGUUCUGUGGCUGUAACAUCUUCCCUUUAACGCAGCAUAAUGUACUUGUACAAAUUUACCCAUAAAAUUGAAAUAUCAAGAAAAUAAAAUACUAAAAACUGUGCCUCAGGAAUAAAUUUUACUCUGGGUUUUGGACUCUUACGUUCUUACCAAGCAGAAAUUUAGGACAUGAGGAUACAGUAGUACUUGUACAGUGUCUCUGUACAUGUCCAAAACCAAAAUGAGAAAGAUGUUGAAGGCAUUGUAAAUGUACAGCUUUAUACAUUUGAAAACAACAGCACAGGAACAGCCAGGUUUUAAAUGAUUUAUCCAGUAUGGUGGAUUUUUUAAAGUUCGUGAAGUGGUUUUUCUUUUUAACUACUUUUCUGGAGACAGGCAAAGAUUGUGCGAUUCCCAAAGCUUACAACUAUUCAAGAAGUUAGGUAGAGAAUAGUUGCACUAAAAAUUAUUUUUAUAAAUCGAGUCUUGUUUUCAGACUGACCAAAUGCAUUAUUUAACUAUUGGCUGGGGUUAUAUUAAGGAAGAAAUUGAUUUAUUAGCCUCUGAGGAAAGUAGCAUAGUUUCCAAAUUUACAUGAGAAAAAAAUCUUAUAAAACACUUGGUUUUUACUUAAACAAAAAACCAAUUUUCUAAACAGAUUAUUUUAUAUUUGUUCUGGAUGACUUGACUUUUAUCCUUGGGUAUCAAAAUUGGGAAAGCAUUAAACUAAGAUGGCAAAUUAUUAUAAUUUAAUAAUUAUAAUAAUCUUCGGGAAACCUUACGCUGACUGUAUCUAAUUGGUGCUGUCUGCCAUAUUAGUGAGAAAGCUGUUCUUUGCUAAGGCGAGUCUUAACAUUACGCUAUUACUGAGUUUAUUCAAACCACCUGACCACAACUACAGAAGUGUAAAUGAAAACUGUAAAACCAUAAAAAGCCACAUUUUGGUCCAUUUAAACCAGACAACUCUGCUUUAUAAACAAAUAUAAUAAGGUGGAGUUUGUUUCAUCUUGCUUUUUUUUUUUUCUGUAUGGGAAACCUGACUUGGUAAUUUAAUUUUUUAGUUGGAAAAUAUACACAAUGGUGUUAUUGUUCCAGAAGACACCCUUCUCAAACAGUUCAAAAAUACUUUCGGUGUUCUGAAAAAUGGAAGCGUUCGGAUGUGUUGUAAGAUCCUUUAGAAAAAGCACUUUGAAAAUAGUCUCUUUAUAAAUUAACAAUUAAAAGUGGCUGUAUUUGAAACAAGUUUAAACAUUCAGACACAGAAGUAUGCAUGAAGCCUUAAAACCAAACAAAUCUUAAACCCAUAUGCUGAAAUUAAAGAGAAUUUGCUGUCUCAAAAUAAGGAUGUGAAAAAGCAGCUAAGACGAUGUACUUGAAUGCAGUUUGUGUAGUAUCUUUGUUCUUGAGUUUUAAAAGAUUGUGUAAGCAUUUUAAAAAACAAACAAAAACCAAAAACCCAGCAACCCACAUUCCGAGACUAAUUAGGUCUCUCAAAAAUGGUAUCAGAUUUUAAACGUUACUUUUUCUAAUGUAACUUUGUCUGGGACCUUUUUUACAAAGAGCCACACAUUGUUGGAGAUGGGAACACAGUAAGCGGAAAACGCUGUCACCAGCCCAAACCCCCCUAGUUUUACACAGUUGAUUUGCAAAGAAAAAGACAAGAUUCGGGAAUGAUUUUAGUGUAAGAAUUUUGGCUUUUCAGCAAGAGCCACUACUGUCAAGCAUUUACUGUACUUGAGCUCUGAAGAAGCAAGUACAGAGCCCAGCCACUGUAGUCACUUUAUUUUGUACCAUCUUUGUACAUUCCUGUUGUAUAGCUGGAGUUGUAGUUUUAGAGGGCCUUUGUUCUGUUGUAAUAUCUGAAUCGUAUUUAAUACUAAAAUUUGUUAUAAUUUGCUGGAACUGCUGCUUAUUCGUGCAGUGUUACAGUAAUUCACAGCCCCGUUAGUGAAGCAAUUGUAUACCAAAAGCAGUUUGAAUAAUUAUAAAUGUUUAUGUAACUGUACGCAAUGAAUAUGAAGGUCUUGUACUGUAUAAUGGUGACGAGUUUUGCCAUUUUAGUAAUUUAACUAUAUCCAGUUUUCAGAUUAUGAACUCCAGGUUGCACUAAAUUUGUCCUUGUUUUAGCAGUGGCUUAAAAUAAAACACAUUUCACUGUC